UUGGUUAAAAAAGUAAAUUUAAAAUAAAAUAUAACCUAUAUUUGAAUAAAAACAUUUACAGAUGUUAUUUAUUAUUAAUAAAUUUCAAAAACAUGCAUUGUUUAAAGGUGCAUAUUCACCAGCCAACUGAUAUUAUUUCGCCUGGUUAUAUUUAGUUUUAUAGUUGCCAGUCUGUUAUUUAAAACAAGUGUUAUUCUGGGAUUUGCGAGUGUCUUUUAUUUUGUUCAAAUAUAAAUAACAAAACUAUAGAAUAGGAUACGGUUUGGUCGCUAUUAUGUGACAUUUUUAUUACUUGACAUUUUCAUGUCACUCAAUCAUUGCAAUUAUGGAUGAUAAUGAAGAAGAAAUUGGAAGAUUGAGCACCACAAUGGAUAAGGACGAAAAUAUUCAAGUGGCAUUCUUAAAAGUAAAUGGGAAAUCAUACCCAGUUUUUGAGGGUUUAAAUUUAAUUGGACGAAGCCCUCAUAUUCAUAUAAACAUUCCUCGAAUGGAGGUGAGCAAGCAGCAUGCUGUGCUGACAAUCAUUAAAGGCGGAAAACAUUAUAUAAGCGAUUUGAAAUCCACAAAUGGAACUAAAUGCGACAAAGUCAAUCUUCGACCAUAUUCUCUGUAUGAAGUAUACCAUAAUGUUGUAAUUGAGUUUGGUGAUCUAACAGCCAAAUAUGAAAUUAUUGAUCAGAUUGGACCUACAAGUCUGAUGAAACAUAAGGUUGGCCAAAUAACCCAGAGUCAAUCUGAAAGCUUCUAUCAAGCUUCCACACAAAACAUUUCAAACAAAGUUACAUCUUCACCUAUACAUGAGUCUACCAUGGAAAACAUUCAUGAGGUAGCAACUCAGAUACUGGAUGUUGGAAAUAUGUCUAAUAUUGAUAAUUCUGUGAAAUCAAGAUUAACUAUUAAUGAAAUAGAUGAAACAAUCUAUAAUAAUACCCUACGGAAUUCAAUGGGUGUCUCUGCAGUUAUGAAUGAUAGUGACAAUGAGUCAAUUGAUCUUUUAACAGGAUUAAAUACCUCUGAAACACAAAACAAUAAUCAAGUAAAUAAUGGCGCAAGUGAGGACAGUAAUCAGUCUUCUAAGGAUUCUGAAACUCGCAUCAGUGAGCCUAAACAAGAAUCUCCAAACACCACAAUUAGUAUCGAAGAUUCUGAAACAGAUAUAGAUAAUGAUUCUGAUUCAGAUGAUUAUAUUCAUACCAGCCAACUCCAGAGAAGAGUUAGUUACAGGUUCAACUCUAUUGAUGAAGAAGACAAUGAAUCUCAAGUACACACCAGCCAAUUAAAGAAGAGGGUACGGAAUAGAAUAUUAUCGUCCCAAUCAACAACUGAUGACGAAACUGAUAUCGAAAUUAGCAAUUCUCCAAAGAGACAAAAAUUAGUUGAAAAACAUACCGCACUUACUGACCUAGAUGAUUCUGACUUUAUUCCAGCCACACAAGAUAUUCAACCUAUUAACAAAUCACAAAACAAGCAGAAAAGUAUUUGUAAAGAGUUUAUUUUAACAGAAUUGGCGGAGGAGGUUCAAGAAAACUCCAAUCAACAUUUAAGUGGUGAGUUAGCAGAAUGUUCGAAAAAAAAUAUUCCUAUAAACACGUCUGAAAAUAAUACUCUAGUUACAAAAUCAAUAAAUAACUCAAGUAAGCCUUCAAAUACAAUUAACACAUCACAAAAGGCAUCUACCUCGAAAGAAUUAAAUUCUGCGGAAAUUGAAGAACUGUUAGGUAGUGCAAGUGGGCCUCCAAAAAAAAUUAACACAUCACAAAAGCCAUCAACGUCGAAAGAAUUAAAUUCUGCGGAAAUGGAAGCGUUAGCGCAUGAGAGUAUGCUUAGUGAAUUUUCAAUGGAUGCAUUAAUUCUUUCAGCCACUGAAGAUCUCCAAGAAAAAAUGCAAUUAGAACACAGUUUAUCAUCAACUGAUAAAAAUAAAGAAAUAGUUACUUUCGCACAAACCAAAGAAGAUGAAUUAUAUAAAAUGCCAACUCAAAAACUGUUGGAUAAUUUACAUAAAACUGAUAAAAUACCGCCAGAGACUGAUGUAUCAGACCUUGAUAAUGCUGAUGUGUUUUUACACCCAACUCAAAAAUUAGGUCAGCGACGUUCACAUACGACUUCAGAAUCAGUAAAAGCUAAAAACUCGGAAAAUCCAAUAUUGAAUUAUCAGAAGAAUGAAAAAAAAUUGGCUGAAAAUGAAAAAACCGAUAAUGAAGAAUUAAAUCACAAUGGAGAAAAUUAUGAGGAUAUAUACUUAGCAUGUACGCAAAAAUUAAUCGCAGACUCGAAUGAAACUAACAAUAUACUCAAACCAAAAGAGAUUUCUACAGAAAACUUAACAGACAAUACAGAUGAUGAAUGUAUUGUUGUAAUAGAUAAUUUAUCUGACGAUAGCGAUGAAUUACUAUUAGCAACCCAAAAAUUGGUGCAUAAAGAGGAUAAUGACUUACUGGAUGAGAACGUUAACAAAAAUGAAGAAGAGAAGAACAAUGAUGAUAUCUUUUUUGCGUCUACCCAAAAACUAAUAUCAACCUUAUGUAAUUCGAAAAAAGAAACAGUUGAAACUAAUAAGGAACCCAAACCAGAAGAAAAUGUCACUGAUCAUCCAUUAAAUCCCAAUGAUGAUGUUUAUUCAGAAGAAACACAGAUAUUGAGUCAGCAAUAUGGAAAUAAUCAUGAGAAUAAUUUUGCAACAUGCAAACAAACACCAAAUGUUUCAGAAAAAAAUGUUAAUUUGGAUUCUAAUUUGACACACAAACCAGAAAAAUUAUUAGAAUAUCCGGUUGAAGAAAUCAGUGAAGAUGUGUUUCUAAUGGCGACUCAACCUAAUUCAAAUGUAAUAUCCAAUUCUGCAGAACCUGUACUUCAAAAUAAUGUAACAGUUAAUCAAAAUAAAGAACAUGAAAUGUCCAAAUCAACAGAUGAGAAACUACGAGAAAAUGUCAUUGUAGACAAAGAAGAUAUUUAUUUUAUAGUGCCAAAUCAUAAAAUGGGAGAUUCAAAUGAAACUGACGAAGUACAAAUAAAAGAAUCUUCAGUAGUUAGUGUUUCACAUCACAAUGCAGAAUGCUUUGAUGAUGAUGUGUAUGAUAAACCAACUCAACAAUUGCUAGCUAGUAAUAUUGAGCAAGCAAAGAAAGCAGAGACUUCAGUAGGUGUGUCACAACACAAUUUAAAAUGUCUUGUUGAAGAUGAUGAUGUGUUUGAUAUGCCAACUCAGCAAUUGUCAACUAGUAAUGCUAAAUCAGAUCCAGAUACAUCAAAAUCAAUGGAGACUUCAGUAAAUACUGUACCACAACACAAUGUACAAUGUCUUGUUGAAGAUGACGAUGUGUUUGAUAUGCCAACUCAGCAAUUGUCAUCUAGUCAUGCUAAAUCAGAUCCUAGUACACCAAAAACAAUGGCAACAUCAGUAAACACUAUGUCACAACACAAUGUACAAUGUCUUGUUGAACAUGAUGAUGUGUUUGAUAUGCCAACUCAGCAUUUGUCAACUAGUAAUGCUAAAUCAGUUCCAGAUACAUCAAAAACAACAGACACUUCAAUAGAUAUUGAGUUACAACACAAUGUACAAGGUCUUGUUGAAGAUCAAGAUGUGUUUGAUAUGCCGACUCAGCAAUUGUCAAUUAGUAAUGCUAAAUCAGUUCCAGAUACAUCAAAAACAACGGAGACUUCAGUGGAUAUAGUAUCACGACACAAUGUACAAUGUCUUGUUGAAGGUAAUGAUGUGUUUGAUAUGCCAACUCAGCGAUUUUCAUCUAAUAAUGAUAAAUCAGUUCCUGAUACAUCAGAAACAACAGAGAAUUCAGUAGAUAAGGUAUUACAACACAAUGUACAAUAUCUUGUUGAAGAUGAUGAUGUGUUUGAUAUGCCAACUCAGCAAUUAUCAACUAAUAAUGCUGAAUCAGUUCUAUAUACACCAAAGAUAACAGAGUCUUUAGUAGGUACAGUAUCACAGCACAAUGCACAACCUCUUAUUGAAAAUGAUGAUGUGUUUAACAAACCAACUCAGCAAUUGUCAAUUAAUAAUGCUACCUUAGUUCCUGUUACUGCAAAAAUAAUUGAAAUUGUAGAUACUGUUUCACAACGCAAUGAAGAGUGCCCUAUAAAUGAUGAUGAUGUGUUUGAUAAACCAACUCAGCAAUUCACUACUAAUAAUACUGUAUUAGUUCCGGAUACAACAAAUACAAGUCCAAAAAAAUACUAUGAAACAACUCAAAAACUAAUUGCAGAAUUGGAUGAUUUUACGCAAAUGGAAGUAACUUUUCCAAGUCAAAAUGUUACAUUGAUUCCUGAUGAUAAAAAGAGACCUGCAAACCCAUUGUCAUCUUUGAUUGGUCCUGAAACUCAAUUAGACACACAAAGUAUAGAAGAAGGUAAUUCGGAAUCCAAUGAUUCAAUUGGUAAAUUUCAAGAUUCAUCUAGUGAUUUACAACCUUCCAAUAGUAGACGAAGCAAAAUAUCUUCCAAUAAGAGAGUUAGUGAUUCGUCUUCAAAAAAGAAAUCGGGUAGACCUCCCAAAAGGAGAAGAACAUCUAAUAAAGAUGGUGAAAAUGAAAAGGAUUCUCCUGAAAAGAAAACUAACAAAUCUAGUAAAUAUGAUAAAAAUGAAGAGGAUUCUUCUGAAAAAUUAAUGAACAGUGAAGCUCAGAGUUCCACUAUUACUAAUUUGCAAACGAGCAGGACAAGAAAAACCAAAAAAUCUAGUAAAAGUGAUGAAAAUGAAAAGGAUUCAUCAGAAAAAUUAAUGAACAAUGAAUCUCAGAAUAUGAGUCUUCCCUAUUUGCCAACAAGCAGGACAAGAAAAACCAAAAAAUCUAGUAAAAGUGAUGAAAAUGAAAAGGAUUCAUCAGAAAAAUUAAUGAACAAUGAAUCUCAGAAUAUGAGUCUUCCCUAUUUGCCAAUGAGCAGGACAAGAAAAACCAAAAAAUCUAGUAAUUAUGAUGAAAAUGAAGAGGAUCCUCCUGAAAAAUUAAUGACCAAUGAAGCUCAGAAUUCAAAUGUUUGUAAUUUGGAAACGAGCAGAACGAGAAAAACCAGAAAAUCUAGAAAAAGUGAUGAAAAAGAAGAGAAUUCUUCUGAAAAAUUAAUGAGCAGUGAAGCUCAGAAUUUGAGUAUUCUUACUUCGCAAAAGAGCAAAACAAGAAAAACCAAGAAAUCUAGUAAAAGUGAUGAAAAUGAAGAGGAUUCCUCUGAAAAAUUAAUGACUAGUGAAGCUCAGAAUGUCACUCUUCUUAAUUUGCAAACGAGCAAGACAAGUAAAAAACAGAAAACGGGAAAAGAAAUUGAAGCUGUUGUUACAGUUAAAGUGAGGGACAGGAAAUCUAUGGUUACGGUGGAGGUAGAAGAUUCGACAACUGAAAACGCAGAGCAAAGAUUGAACAAUAACCUAACUGGAAGAAGAAAGACUAAUAAACGAAAGCAACCUGACUCGGAGAGCUCCUUUCAGGACCGUACAGACACAUCUACGGAUACUCUUGAAUCCGAUGUAUCACGUUUAUCUUCUAAUAGACGAAAAUCGAAAGCAACAGAGAAUUCAAUUGUAAAUGUAGCAUUUACACACAUGGACAAUCCACAAUUGAAUUCUUUUGUGAAAACUUUGGGAGGAAAUAUUGUUGAUUCAGUCGAUGACUGUACGGUGGUUGUAACGGAAAAUGUCAAGAGAACCCAAAAAUUACUCACUGCCAUUGGUCAAGGUAAACCUGUAUGUUCUCCACAAUGGAUUCGAGAUUCAAAAAAGAACGGGGAAUUCCUAGAUCCAUGGCAAUAUAUUUUAAAAGAUGCUGAAGCUGAGGCAAAAUGGGAAUUCGAAUUGAAAGAAUCAAUUCUUAGAGCGACAAGAAGCAAAUUAUUUGCGAAUUAUGUGGUGCAUAUAAUGUGGGAUGAUAGAGUGGAGGUUUUAAAAGCUGCUAUUGGAUCCUGUGGUGGUAAAUGCGUUCUCAGAAUGCCAACAAAAGAUUGUCCAGAAAGAAAUAAUUAUAUUAUUGUCUCACCCCGUGAAAAUCAGAAGAAAUAUUUACAAGUUUUAAAAAAGAAGCCAGAUGCUAAAGUUGUAGAUAUAGAGGCAAUAUUCGACGGAAUACUGAGACAAGAAUUGAGACUGGAUAAAUUCUCUAUAUUAUAAUUAAAUAUUUUUGUAACGUUAUGUUAUUACAAUAUAUUGUAAUAACAAUUCAGUAAGCAGCUUUGUUGAAAUAGGUUUUAUACAUUUACUUAUUUUUUAGUAACAUAACAAUGUUCCAUUUAUUAUAAAAUAUUUAAUAAAUGUAUUUUACAUCACUGUUGUGUAUGUAUAUUUCUAGUUAGAUUUAUUCAGUUCUAAAAGAGGUGUUCUUUAGUAUCAACCUGAUUUUCUGAACUAUAUUAUGUUUUAUACAAAUAAAUACAGUUAAUCUUA